UACAUACAUAUGUAGUCUCAUACAGGCGUGCCAAUAACCAAUAAGGGGUUACUACCUGAUAACUUUACCAAUAUUGGAAUCUGUGAUAAGCGUUUCUAUCGGUGGUCUUUAGUUCUCAUUGUCGCGCACAGAAAUUGGGUUUAGACAUACCAAUCGUGUUACACAGUGCAAAACCGGUCAAUUAAAGAAUUUCAAAAAACAAAAAUCCUACAGUUACAUAUGUGCUACGUAUAUAUAUCUACAAAGUGGGCGUGAUGUCCUUCAACACAUCCAAGCAAAUGUACAGUAAUACGCGCUGCCUGAAGUUGGCUUUGCGCACCAUCAUCUGCAUCAUAUUUUUACUAACGCUCAUCAUUUUGGUGAUCUUCACGCGCAACAAUGCACGAAAUACAGCCCUGCGCAUGUCGAAGUUGCCGGCGCCGCAAGGCAGUGUUGUACUCUUCUGGAAUGGCUUCUUCGAUGACAAGCGCUGGACCUUACCGGCGGACACGCUGCAUGCGCAGUGUCCACAAGUCAAUUGCAUUUUCACCAAUCAACAUGACUUUUUGCCCGCCAUUGUCGAUUAUGCAGCGAUCGUCUUUCAUACGGCACGUAAAUUUCCGCUUUUCAACGGCACACCAACACAACGUGCGCCCAAUCAAUCGUAUGUCUUCGCACAACUGGAAUCGCCUGAGCACACCUGGCACAAUUUCCAGGCCGAGAGGAAUUUCUAUAAUCUCACGUUGAGUUAUCGCCUCGACUCCGACGUGGUGUGGAGUUAUAAUGUGGUAAGGACGAUUGAAACGCGACAAGUUAUUGCGCCCGCGCUAGAUCCCAUAUGGCCAGCGGUGGAGGUGGCGUGGACCCAAAACGAUGCGGAUUUGUUAUUGUUAAUUGAAGGAAAGCGUAAAAUGGCCGCUUGGUUUGUGUCCAACUGUAAGGUGGCCUCGAGGCGGGAGCGCUUAGUGAAGGCGCUGCAGGCGCACGUGCAAGUGGAUGUGUAUGGCAAAUGUGGGACCUUGAGAUGCGAACGCUUCAACAGCAGUUGCCAUGAGUUGCUCGACAAAGAUUAUAAAUUCUAUUUGAGUUUUGAGAAUUCGCUUUGCAAGGAUUAUGUAACGGAAAAGUUUUUUAACGCGCUGCAGCGACACAUUGUGCCCGUGGUCUACGGAGGUGCAAAUUAUACGCGUUUCGCGCCACCGCACUCAUACAUUGAUGCGCAGGACUUCAAAAACGCCUCAUCACUGGCUGCAUACCUCAACUACUUGAGUGAGCAUCCCUACGAGUAUGCCAAGUACUUUUGGUGGCGUCGCUAUUACAGGGUCGAGGCUAAUGAAGGCGGCCUCCAAAUGCUACCAUAUUGCGAGUUAUGUGAGCGUAUUCACUCAAAACCCACCGUUAGACGUACUCAAGUCUAUGAAGAUAUAAAUGCAUUUUGGAACGAUAAAGUAUGCACGAAAAAGGCUCGGAUAGAUUUUUAAGUUGAAAUAUGUCGAUUAUUUAUUGUUUGUAAUU